UAAGAAGUGAAAGAAAAAGUGAGAAAUCCUAGCAAAGGAGACUGCUAUGUCUUUAAUUAUCUGUGGAGAGACAGAACGCCCCUGAACUUGGAAAAGCCAGAGUGUGACAAUAUUGAGGCUCUAAUCCAGGAUGUUGCACUUGCUAGGUACCUCGGCCUUCCAGGGGCUCCUUUAUUGAGAAUCAAUGUCUUCUCGUAGGUAAUUGAUCACCAUAGACCCAGGGAUUCUCGAUUCAUCGUGAAUCAUCAUGAAUAAUCAAAAAGCAGUGGCUGUGCUGCUGGCAGAGUGCAAGCAGGUGCUGGACCAGCUCUUGUUGGAGGCGCCAGAUGUGUCAGAAGAGGACAAGACCCAGGACCAGCGGUGCAGAGCUUUACUCCCCAGCGAGUUAAGGAUUCUGAUCCAGGAGGCAAAGGAAAUGAAGUGGCCCUUCGUGCCUGAAAAGUGGCAGUACAAACAAGCAAUGGGCCCAGAGGACAAAACAAACCUGCACGAUGUGAUUGGCGCCGGGCUACAGCAGCUACAGGCGGCCUUGCGAGCCUCCAUAGUGGCUCAGGACUGUGCAGUGGCCUCGGCCAUCGUCUUCUUGAUGGACAGGUUCCUGUAUGGACUCGAUGUUUCUGGAAAACUCCUGCAGGUGGCCAAGGGCCUGCAUAAGCUGCAGCCAGCCACACCCAUCGCCCCUCAGGUGGUUAUUCGCCAGGCCAGGAUAUCCGUCAACUCAGGAAAACUUUUAAAAGCAGAAUAUAUCCUCAGCAGUCUCAUAAGCAACAAUGGGGCAACAGGUACCUGGCAGUACAGAAAAGAAAGUGACAAGAUCCUGGUUCAGUCCGUCUGCAUACAAAUCAGAGGGCAAAUUCUGCAAAAGCUAGGCAUGUGGUAUGAAGCGGCAGAGUUAAUAUGGGCCUCAAUCGCAGGAUACUUGACUCUUCCUCAGCCAGAUAAAAAGGGCAUCUCCACAUCCCUUGGUAUCUUGGCAGACAUCUUUGUUUCCAUGAGCAAGAAUGAUUAUGAAAGGUUUAAAAACAAUCCACGGAUUAACCUGGGCUUGCUCAAGGAGUUUGAUCACCAAUUGCUGUCGGCUGCAGAAGCCUGCAAGCUAGCAGCUGCCUUCAGCGCCUACACACCUCUGUUCGUGCUCACAGCUGUGAACAUCCGUGGCACGUGCUUGUUGUCAUUCGCUAGUUCUAGUGACUGCCCUGCAGGCAUGAAAAAUGCGUAUCUGUGUGCAGCCAAAGAGGCCUUUGAGAUUGGCCUCCUGAGCAAGAAACAUGAUGAGCCAGUGACUGGCAAACAAGAGCUUCACAGCUUCAUCAAAGCCGCCUUGGGUCUCACCAUAGUGCACCGAAGACUGCACGGAGAGACGGUGGCCGUGUGUGCUGCGAAUGAACUCUGCCUCACAGCCAUGGGGAAGUUGUAUUUCUUUGGCACUUCCUCCAGAAGUCAGGACAGAGAAGCCCUCUCUUGGGAAAUCAUGACUGCUAUCAGCCAGGUGAAGGAUCUUUUCCAUGUCCAAAGUUUCUCAAAUUUAGAUGACAGAUCUUAUGUUCCAGAGAGUUUCAAGAGUAGAUUGGAUAAACCGAUCUUGCAUGGGCAAGUGGAUUUCCAAAAAAUCCUCGAGGCCUAUUCACAGCACCAUAUUUCAGUGUGUGAGGUUUUUGAAAGCAGCUGUGGAAGCAAGAAAGACCAACAGAAAGGCACAAAAACAGGAGUCUGUGUCACUGCUCUAAAAACAGAAACAAAAUCCAUGGAUACAAUGAGUAUGACACAAGACAACCCAUGCUCUCAAGAAAGCAGGGGAAUGAACUCCUCCAUAAUGGCUGAGGAAGGUCGGGAGAGGCUCAGAAGGGCAGAAAGGAGAAACUGGACCCAUUCUGAUGCAUUCCGAGUCUCCCUGGAUCAAGGGAUGGAGACUGAGACUGAGCCGCCUGACCGGAGCAAUGGGAGGAGAGAUGUUUUGAACAAGUCCCAGAGUGACAGCCAGAGCUCCAGUUCUUGGAGCAAGUUCUCCGGGCUUAGUUCUUCUACGAGCUGGGAGGAAGUAAAUUACCAAGUGGAAGAUAAGUCCGUGAGACAAGAAUGCAGCAAAGAGGACCAUCUUGUUGAUACUCAGUGUUCUACUGCAUUGUCUGAGGAGCUGGAGAAUGGCAAGGACAGAAAACCUAUGCACUUAUUGUCUCCACAAUCUCCUGAUCUCUCUCUCCAGGUAACCAAAGUUGACCAUUUAGAGGCUUCUCAGAGUCAGCUACACACACCGAUGCCCCUGACAACAACAACAAACACUUGCAACACCACAAACACUUGUCUGGCCUCUAGCCCUGGAUUAUUAGAAGCAGGACAAAACAGUAUCCCGGAAGUCAGACCUGAAGGACCUGGAAGUUCUUCAGCUCACUGCAGACCUUCAAGCACUUCCGUUUCUUGCCUUUCACUUGGUAAUGGCAGGUGCAAGUACCUGACCAGAUACCCAUCUGUCCAAGAAGAAGAAGAAGCUUUUGAAAAAAUUGAUGUUUUUCCAAAGCCAAAUGGUGACUUCAGAAACUGGCACAGGGAAGAGAAGGGAAAAGAACUCACUGCAAGAUUCAAAGGCUCUCUAUUUACAGAGAAUCCGUCCUGGAUUGACCCGGAAGAAGAAAGAGCUGAAUGUACAGAAGAUGGGUCCUUAGGCUUCCGAGCAGUCAUGGGCAGUGCUCAGGGCAACCAAUGCAGGUUGGUGUCUGGCUCCUUCAGUCCUCAUUGCCCUGCUCAGAAUCUUGACUCAGGAAAGAAUGGUGGCUCAGUUGAAGAUCAGAAAAUUGACCCUGAUGCCACAACAGAGGAUGAGGAGGGUCAGCUGCUUGCCAGCACAGGUGUCUGCUCCAUUGGUGAACAUGGACUUUGUAGACCAUUCAUGAUGAGGCAAUUCUCUGCUCCAAGACCUGACACCCUCAAAUCCUGUCUAAGUGGGAACGCUUCCUUCCCUGGCAUCAGUGAGGACUGCACCACCACGGAGGAAGGGAAAGAAGCUGUAAUCCCGCUCAACUGCAGCCAGAACUCCAGCUCAGCCCCUUUCUGGUGGCUGAAAUCACCUGCGUUUUCCAGUGGUUCUUCAGAAGGGGACAACUCAUGGUCCUUUCUAAAGUCCAGUAGAAGUUCUUCUGUUUCAGUGCCAGGAAUCACCAAGGAAGAGACCCUGGAGGCUCGAACCCUGCAAUCUGAUGACUUUGAAAAACUGCUGGCAGGAGUAAGACAGGAUUGGCUACUGUGGAGACUGGAGGAUACAGGAGUUUUUAAGCCCUGCCAACUCCAGCGGGCACACAAUGCUCUUUUAUUAAAAUAUUCGAAAAAGUCUGAAUUGUGGACAGCCCAAGAAACUGCUGUGUAUUUGGGUGACUAUCUGAAUGUGAAGAAGAAAGGCAAACAGAGAAAUGCUUUUUGGGUUCAUUAUCUUCAUCAGGAAGAAACUCUGGGGAGAUAUGUUGGGAAAGAAUACAAAGAGCAGAAGGAGCUCUGGCACCAUUUUAUUGAUGUGGAGCGGCAGAUGACAGCACAGCACUAUGUGACAGAAUUUAACAAGAGACUCUAUGAACAAAAGAUUCCAACACAAAUAUUCUAUAUCCCAUCUGCAGUAUUACUGCUUUUAGAAGACAAAACAAUAAAGGGAUGUAUCACCGUGGAACCUUAUAUACUGGGAGACUUUGUAAAGUUAUCAAAUAACACAAAAGUGGUAAAAAGAGAAUACAAAGCCACAGAUUAUGGCUUGGCUUAUGGCCAUUUUUCUUAUGAGUUUUCUAAUCACAGAGAUGUUGUGGUUGAUUUACAGGGCUGGGUGACUGGUAAUGGCAAAGGCCUCAUUUACCUCACAGAUCCCCAGAUUCACUCUGUUGAUCAGAAAGACGUCACGACCAAUUUUGGAAAGAAAGGAAUUUUUUACUUCUUUAAGAACCAGCAUGAAAAAUGUAAUGAAAUAUGCCAUCGCCUUUCUCUGACGAGGCCUGCAAUAGAAAAACACGGCAAGCCAUAGACUGCAUGGGUCAUGUGAUAGUCUGGUGCUCACCAGCAUCAGGCUCUCUCUCCUUCCAGGGACAUGGGACAUGGCAUCGCCUGGUCUUUUGAGGCAGGGACAGGCCAUGGGCUCAUUCUGGCCCAUGAUUUGGCUGAGGGUGGUGGAUGGUGAGAACUGUGGCUUACCCUUAGAGUCUUGAGCUUUCAUUUACAUUUUUGUUCAAGGCUGGCACUUUACCACUUGAGCCACAGUUCCAUUUCCGUGGCCAGUGGUUUCUGAGAGCAACUGAUGAGUGUCAAUGUCAGGCCUCAUUGAACUUCCAGAACAUGACACAGUGUCUCUUUCCUGCUGCCAUGGUUAAGGAGAGUGUGUCAGGAGGCAGCCAUGGUAAACCUCCAUUUAUAGUGAAGACAACUUGGAGAAGAACAGAGAGGAGCCUCAUCUGACCAUGACAAAUACAAAGCUCUGCUGAGAAAUAAACUUUUUAUUGUUCAUGCCAUUGA